ACUCCAAGGUUGUUACUAGCCACAAAGUGCUCCUCAAAGUGUGCCGUGAAUAUCGCAAGGUGAAUUUCUGGGCUUUCGUACAAGGAAGUAAUUCUGUCCGAAGUGCUGUUUUAUCUGUGUCGUUUAAAAAACCGACAUAAUGAGCAAAAUAACGAAUUACAACGAAGUUUCAAAAUCCUACGACACCACAAGAGGGGCAACGGAUGCCUUUGUAGUAAAGAGUAUGAUGGAGAACUUUACAGGGAAGACUGUCAAGGAAAUGGAUAUAAUCGACAUCGGUUGUGGAACAGGGAACUACGCAGACUAUUUUCUCCAGUUUGAACCACGAAGCCUGACCUUGAUGGAUGCCAGCGAGGGAAUGCUCGCCAAGGCAAAAGCAAAACUGCCGUCUGACCAUUCGAAAACUAGACUGUCAUUCAAAAAAGUAGUUCUGCCUGAUAUGCCAUAUGAAGAUAAUCUUUUCGAUGCUGCGAUGAUAAAUAUGGUCUUGCAUCAUUUGGAAGAAAAUCCUGAUGGGAAAUCUUUUCCAUGUCUCUCCAAGACUUUGAAGGAGGUCUAUCGUAUCCUUAAACCAGGAGGGGUUUUGACCAUUACUUGCCUGACACCAGAGACAUUGGAAGCCAUCUGGUAUUCGCAUCUCGUGCCGGAAAACACACAGCGGUGGAUGAAAAGAUUGGCUAGUCACAGGCAAAUAAAAACGUAUUUAGAGGAGUCUGGUCUUUCACUGAAAUCAGCUUUCACAACAUUGAUGCCCUCACAUGUCCCAGAACUUCGCAAUCCGGAGGACGUAAUAAGUGAAUCAUAUAGAAAAAAUUUAUCGUUUUGGGGAACCUGUACGAAGUCGGAAAAUGAAGACAUGAUUCAAAACGUAACUAGAAUGAAGAAUGAAGGAACUCUUCAAGAAUUCUAUGAAACUCACAAUAAAACCGAUGCUUUUGGGAUUUUGGAGAUUUUAGCCGCUAGAAAAGAAAUGAAAUGAACAUACAAAGACAAUGAAUAUUCAAUUCUCUCAGACAUUUUUUUACUUUUAAGAAACAGAAACCCAUGUCAUGAAUGAACAUAACGCACUCCGAAAUAUAAUCCCUGUAUCUGUGGGAACGAAAAACACGUGUAAAUUUAUUACAUCCAACUUUAAAAUAAUUCUGAGUGAAAAGUA